GAAAAAUAUAUAAUCAUUUAUAUCAUUUGAAAAAGGAACAAAAAGGGCUAAUUAUGAGUGACAACAGAGAGAUUGAGAAAAAAACGGGUGGUGAUACGCAUUAUCAUUUAGGUGCCAAUUCACACAUAACCAUUCAUCACCAUCAUUAUUAUGCUACACCAAAACGCUCACGAGAGGAAGAUGAACAAUCUGAAUUACCAAUUCCCCAGCGUCGUAAUGUUAACGUUGCGUUUCCAACAUCAUUACCAGCACAAGUAAUGCCGGAAUUCCCAUCACGUUUAAUGCAAGUUGCUACACAAAUCCCGAUACUUUCAACUGGCCCGCCACCACCAUUGAGACAAAAUCGGUACCGACCUAUCAGCUCUCAAUCUUCACAAACCCCUUCACAAACCCCUUCACAAACCCCUUCACAAUCUCUUCCACGAAAUCCAUUUGUGAACAUAUUCACACAUCGCCGAACAGAAAUUGAAACAAUCGAUUUUGAGAGUUCAACAGUGGAACAACGAUCAGCACACGUGGCAGCAGCAGCUCAAGCAUUUCAUGAUGCUCAGGAACAGCAUCAUCAACAAGAACAAUUACGACCAUCAACAGAAGCUGUAGCAGCAGCAGCAGCAGCUCAGCAAUUGAAAUACAACGCUGACGAUGUCGAAAAUAAACCAUUAUUCAUCUUGGACAAUAGCAUGUUGAAUUGUGGCUGUUUCGCAGCAGUUGAAGCGACUAAUAUGAAGAUGUUAAUUUCGAUCGACCAAUUCAUAAAUGACUAUGCCGCCAAACAGCAGAUUGAAACGCCAUAUUUCCCAGAUGAAAAUGAAUGGUGUUUGGCCAUGUCCUACCGUAAUGACCGAUGGUAUCGGGCAAAACCGUCAAAAUCAGGCAUGGGCUGGUACAAUUUAUUCUAUGUAGAUUACGGAAUAAUGGAAAAACUACCAUCCGACCGUUUGCGCUCAAUUGAUGAAAUAUUGUUAUUCCCGUGCAUAACAACAAUGUGUUUUAUAUACGGUUUGCCAAAGCUACUUCAACCGAAUCUUGUUGAAAAAUUGAAAGACUUGAUUCAACCAUAUCAAGAAAAAACCUUCGCAAGUAUCAUUUGGCAGGAAGACGAUGCAUUGGUUAAAGACGAUUCGGUAUUGGAAGCACUUGGCCUACUUUAAAUCGAUUCUUCUAUCUUUUUAUCACACCUUUAUACUUGAUUAUUAUAAAUAAACAAAUUAUGUUCCCGUUCUUAUCAAACCUCCUACCAUUU